UGGGAUCGAACUAUGUGUUAAGCAGUAUGAGACACUUCAAAGUGUUUGGCUAAUUAUUAAGAAAAUGUAUAAUAUUCUAGUCAGUGACUUGAUGCAAUCCAGUUAUAUUGCUAUGGUUGUGGAUUUCUUUGACUAUAUGUGCUUAUGCUAAAAUGCUGAGAAGGAAGAAACGUAAGCAACAAUGGUCGUAAAGCGACGAGAUUUUCAGAAGGCAGCUGCCUUCAUUCAUGAAUUUUUAUUAAAAAUGAAUGAGGACAUGGAGUGUGCUGAGCUCAGAGACACCCUCAACUUGGCACUGCUGCAUAUGCAGAAGUACUAUCGUGCACUCCAGUCACGUAGUCAGGAGAAAAGCACUCAGCACACAUUAAGCCUGAGUGCUCGUGGCCUUAGCCCAAUGACUCCUUUUGUUGAUGCCCCAGACAAGUUUCGCUGGCGCUGGUUGAACCUGGAUAGUUCUCGCUUUCCAUCCAAUAUGUCAGUGAGUGAGAGUGUCAACAUGUCAGUGCUUCCGCCUAUCAUUGAGGCUGCCAAGAAAGGUGACCUCACAAUCAUGCAGGACCUUAUUGACCAUGAUCCUUCAAUAGUUAAUGAUUGUGAUAGCAUCGGCAGGACAGGACUUAUGUAUGCUGUCCAUUUUUUCCAACAUAAUGCUGUCAACUUUUUGUUAGAAAACAAUGCAGAGGUCAAUGCCACUGCACAUGAUGGCUCUACAGCCUUACAUCGUGCUUGCCAUGACAGCAAUGACGUGGCAGUAAGCCUGCUGCUGGACCUUGGCGCUGACAUACACAUUCAAGACAUGCAGGGCCGAGCUGCCAUACACUGGGCUGUCACCACAGAAACCACUGACUGUCUGCAGUUGCUGCUGGACAACUCUGCUGACCCAGCAACCAAAGACAAGGAUGGUCUUACACCAUGCAUGUGGGCCUGUCGGAUGGAUCAUAUCAAGCAUUUUGAGCUGCUAUCUUGCUCUAAUUAUGAAAUUAGUGAACCAGAUGGCAUUGAGAGAGACAGCAAUGGCCGCACGUGGUUGCACUGGGCAGUUCGACGGACUGAGCCAUUGGAGUGUUUGUUGACAUUGUUGACAAAAGAAGGCUCUUCCUAUCAAGAUGAAGAGGGAAAAACAGUACUGAUGCUUGCAGCUGAGAUGGGUUCCCUACCAGCAACCAAACUAAUAAUUGACAUUGCAGGCCCCAUGUGUGUAGGUGAUUGUGAUAACCAAAACCGCACAGCACUGCAUCUGGCAACAAUAGGGGGACAUGGCGAUGUUGUGAACUAUCUGCUUGAACAUGGAGCGGAUAUUAACCAGCCAGACCGGUACAAUGCUACAGCCUGGGACUAUGCCCGCAGCCGUCAGCUACACUACUGUCAGCUGAUCAUCAUGUCCCAUCAGCGUCAGCGCCUCAUAUCCAACCCUACUAGCCCUCUCGCCAAUGGCCUUGCUCUGCUUAUCAACUCUGAAAAUGGUGUGCAGGAAGAUUUCAAUCGAAUGAGUUUUCAGUCAAGAUCUGACUUUUCUACACCUGUCACUCCUCCAUAUCCUCCAAAUCCUCCAAAGCGCUCACGCACCAAACGAAUGCUGGCACGGCGAGCAAAUAGCCUCACGGGUUCUCAGGAGAUAAAUCAGAAUUCCAUGAUUUCAAGCAGAACAUCCAGCAGUGCAAGUGAGAGAAAGAAGGAGAGAAUAGAGGUGUCCAUUGACACACGCAUGGCUGUGAACCAAACAACAUAUGUAGCUAGUCGUCAAGACUCUUUGUUGACAAAUGACACAGACAUUGGCAAUGUCAUAAGAGAUGUUGAGAUCAAUGGCGAUGAUGAAAUUGACAAUGUUAGUGUUGGUGGCAUGGAUGUCUCAGACAUUGAUGACAGCGAGCACAAUAAUAUGACUAGUAACAACCACAACCAUGGAUUCUACGCUGCUCUGCCACCUUCUCAGCAUCAGUUGGUGCUUAGCAGGCAACAGCAAGUGCCUUCCGAAGAGCAUCAGCUACAGCCUCAGCCACCAAGAGGUGGAACCCAGCUACCACAUCCGCCUGUGAACAUGUUGGAGGAUCAUGGGUCCAGAGACAUACAGGAGAGACUAGAACCACAUGUGCACUCUCUUCAAUCAACUACCUCAAACAAACUGUGGUACUCACCCCAAGCUCCUUCCCGACCUUCCAACCGCUCUCAGCAGUUCAACAGAGGUCGGUUGCCUGUGCCGUCCCCGCCCACUAAUGACCCCCAGCGUCCACACAUGAUUCGUCAGCAUCAGCCCUUACCACCAAAAACGAGCCAGAAAGACUUUGUAGUUUCUCAGCAACAGGUGGCAGGUUUUGAAGACAGUCGGCAGGGAGAUCUGGCUGUCAGUCCACCUGUUUCCUCUCAGAGUUCAGACCAAAUCAGUGGUCUUACACAGCUUAGUGCUGGUUUUGCUUCAACCCCUGCCUCGUCUGGCACAGGAUUGACAGCAGGACCCUCUACAGGAGCACCCACAGUACAAGAUCAGACCCGAGCAAAUCCCAAUGGAAAGAGUCCCCCAGGUGUGAUUGAGGGGCGGCGUAUUACCCCUGCUCUCCUCUCUCCCUUGACCAAUGCCCCCAAGCUGCCUGCAGAUGCCAGUGAACGCACUCCUAAAAAGAAAAAAAAGAAGAAGCUUGGAGCAGCAUCUGGUUCUCUGCUUGACAAGGACCAGGAUGUCAAGUCUCCCCCUCAACAUCCUCUGGACAUCCCUCCCCCUCGAGGCUUUGCUGCACCUCUCCACCCACAGCAACUGAGGGGACAUUCUGCAUCACAUUAUGUUCCCAAGUAUUCCAAGAGUCAGCCACAAAUACAUGAGCCCAGGCAUUCUGAAGGGAAUGCUGAAGACAACAGCAGGCCACCUGUCAUCAAUGGAUUUACAGUUCCUAUCCGAGAGAACUUGACAGGAUCUGCACGACCUGCAAAUCACCAGCCUGUGGAAAGUGAAGAGCCUGCCUUCAGAGAGAAUGGAAAUGUUGAGUGGGCUAACAAGGUGGAGGUCGUGAAAGAGAGUAUUGCUGAGGAAGAUGAAGGGGAAUUGAUUCCUCCUCCCCAAGCUUUCUGCAACAGUGCACAUCAGGGUCAAGACAGCAAGUAUACCUUGUCACAGCCCAUGUCACAAGCCUGGCUGCCAGACUGUGAUGGACAAGACGCCAAUGGCUCCAACUAGUGCCAAGCCCCCACUGCCAUAUGGUUACCGCAGCAGUCCCUCUGCCCUUCGCCACUCCGGUGACAAGAACCUCUCUCCAGGACGACGCCCACGCCCAGUCACCAGCAAGUCCCCAGCUAACCCUUAAUGUUGGCUGACCAGCUUGUGCGUACUUGAGCAUUUCAUUGUCAAGCUCUUGUCACAACUAAUGACCACUUAGUCUAUUACACCAUGGCUACUCAUGCUGCCACAGAUGAUGUCGGGAUCCUUGGAUAGUUGUUGACUAAUCAUGGUUACAGUGAUUGGUGCACCUGGUGGUCAAAUAGGUCGUCCUGUGCAAGCACCUUUACUGGCCAGCCUCUGGCAUUCAGGUGAAAUGAAAGCUGUUGCAGGAUCGAAAGCCAUCAGCCCUAGACUUGUAUCACUGUGGUAAAUCAGACCUGUCCACUCCCAUGUGACUAAUGAGCAAGACAUUCCCAGUUUUUUGCACAGCAAAUUUCUUCUGGAUACCUCAGCAGUCAGUGUCACUCACUUUGUGUAUGAGGUAUGUGUUAUCAGACAGCUGUCAGUCUGACUUCACACUGUGUAUGAUGUUUGUGUUAUUAGACAGCUGUCCUGGUCACAACUUAUAAAGAAUCAGUUCUGGGCUCAUGUGACUCAUCCAGACCCCUUGUCAAAGUUAACAAACUGUGAUUUUUAAAGUUUAUCGAGGGUCAAUAGGGGACAAGGGCAGUUUUAGUGUCAGCAAGUGACAGUUUUUCAACUAAGAUAGUUCUCAGCCAUCCUCCACUCAGUAUGAAGGCAUUAGAUCAUGGGGAAAAGGGUGGAAGCAGGAACUGGAGUUAAAGGCCUUCAUUCAAGACCAAUUAAAAUUGUGUAUUUUAUUUUUUUAAUUUUACUACAGUAUUUACAAAAUUUAUCUUUAAAGAAUUUAUUAUCAUGUUACUGUUUAUUCCAAAUUGUGUUGACAUCUCCACAAAUGGAGAUAACUCCACAAACGAAGUGAAGACAAAUUUCUGUCCUGGGUCUCCUCGACAGACAAUAGUCUGUUUUGAUUUUGAUUUAAUUUUGAAACACAGAGUAUCAGUGUAUUAUGGCUUUGUAGACAUAAAAAAUUGAUCUUUGAUUAGUGUCAUCAUUGUCUGGUAAGGAUAACUUUAGAAAAAUGACAUCAGCUAUCAGGUGAUAAAGAAAUUAAAAUGUAAACUAAGACUGUGGUGUAGACUGUAGAGGAUGAAGCAGAAGUGAUGUCUGCAAUCAUAAGCUUUUAGUUCUUCAAAUAUUGUUACACAUCAAUGUCAAAUUAAGACUGUCACAAAUAAGACAAUAACAUAAUGGUAUUGUGACCUAUCAUGUCUGUGAUACUGUGUACAGUUUUUUUGUGUUUAAUACAUUACUUUAACCUUUAUCAGAGUUUAUUUUUAUAGCCAGCAGAAUGGUAUUAUACAAAAGUCAUUUGCUUCAGUUUUGUUCACAUUGAGAUGUCUGAGCUCCACACAUUAUUUACUCUAUCCGUCCUGUGUUGCACACUGAAAUUAUUAGAGGACAGCUUUGUAUUGUAAAGCUAGUUUCUUUCCCUAUUUUGUUUAAAUGAGCUGUGAUACAAUUUGAUGUGAUAUUAAUGUUUAAAUAUGGUUGCUAAAUGAACCAGUUAAUUUGUUCUUAUUUAUUCAAAUGUAAAUCAAAAUAGGUGUUCAAAUUACUUUAAGUAGACUCCAAAAUCUUAUACAUGUACCAGCAAAAGUCUGGUCAAACUAUAAGAUGUGUAUAAUAUUUUUUCCUUAUAAAUUUUUUUUUAAAAGUUAAGGGACAUUUCAGAAAAGUAUGUUUUCCUGGUCACAGCACAUUUUCCUUGAAAAAUUAGCGUUCUUGAAAAAAGUGAAAGUUUUUCAAAGUUGUUCUAUCCUCUUUUUCUGAGAAUGCCUAUUUGAGUAAAAGCCCAGCAUUGCAGUUUGUCGUGCAAAGUCUGUUUCACACUAAGCUUAAAUUUAUUUAAUCAAAGAGCAUUUUAGUUUCUAUAUUUAUUUUACACAAAACUAGCUUAUUUCAAAACAUUCCAACUAUACACAUCUAUAUAUAUUAUAGUUAUUAUUUUUUUACAUUAAAAAUUUAAUAUAAAUGUUAAGAAGCUCUUAGCUCACAUAGAGAGACUGAACUUAUUAAUCAUUUAUGUUAGAAACAUUUUCAGUCAUGACCUCAAAUAUUUUGAUUCUAACCAGUUGUCCCACCUCUGUGCUUGUGCCAAGAGAAGUGCAGCAUGUCUUUCAUUAUGCAAAGCACAGAAAUGCAGACUAUUUUUGUACAUUUUGAAAGUAUUUGUUAUGUAUUUCCUUUUAAUUCUACUUAAAGGCACAAAUGAUGUUGCACUCUAACACAUAGUUGGCACUUAUUAAAUAUCUAUUGAAAAAAG